AAUCGAAAACACAAAAAUAUUAGUAUUUCAGAGGAUCUCCGCAUCCUCUCUCGCCACCUAAUCCGCCCAUCUCCACCACCCACCGCCGUCGAAUCCCGCCGCCGUCAAAUUCAUCUGAACCAGUGGGAUCUCAACCUUCUCUCUGUCGACUACAUCCAAAAAGGCCUCCUUUUUCCAGCUUUAUCAAUUCCCGACCAAACUCUCCUCAUCCCCCUCCUCCUCUCUUCCUUCUCCCAAACUCUGGAUCUAUUCUACCCCUUCGCCGGUCGCCUCUGCACCGUUCACCACCCCACUUUCUCCAUCCUUCUCGACUGCAACGACGCCGGCGCCGAGUUCAUCCACGCCUCUGCUACCCAUCUCACAGCCUCCGACUUCUCCUCCUCACUCUUCAUUCCAUCCGCCGUUAGAUCCCUCUUCCCGCUCGACGGCUUAGUAAACCACGACGGGCAUUCCUUUCCCUUGCUCGCCGUGCAGGCGAAUAUCCUCGCCGAUGGAUCUAUGUUUCUUGCUUGCUCGCUUAAUCACACUGUGGCCGAUGGCACAUCGUUUUGGCAUUUCUUUAAUACAUGGUCUGCGCUGACGCGGUCGGCUGGAGCCAAUGCUGAUGGUGUAGAUCUGCCGGUGGCUGAGCACUGGUUUCUUCCGUCGACUCCUCCUCCGAUAGCGCUUCCAUUCCGAGACGAGUCUGAGUUUAUUCACCGGCAUCCGCUUCCGCCGACGAGUGAGUGUUUCUUCCACUUCUCAGGCCGGGCGGUGGCGCAGCUCAAGGCUAAAGCGAACCAGGAGAUGGGAGUUACAAGAAUCUCAUCCCUGCAGGCAUUGCUCGCCCACAUGUGGCGCGCGGCCACCCGCGCACGAGGGCUAGAGCCACACGUAGAGACCACCUACGUGCUGAUCGCCGGCCACCGCCACCGCGUUACACCGCCACUUCCUAAAACAUAUAUGGGCAACGCUGCGCUUGGACUUCCAGCUACGGUUUUAGCCUGCGAACUGGCGGCAAACGGUUUGGGUUGGGCGGCUUUACAGCUGAACCAGGUUGUGGCGUCAGCGACCAACGAAAAUGCCAUAAAAUGGCUUGAAGAUUGGGCGAAAAAACCGGUUUUGAUGACUAAGAAGUUUAACGGAACGAAUCUGGUGACGGGGAGUUCGCCGAGGUUUGAUGUGUUUGGGAAUGACUUCGGAUGGGGAUCGCCGGCGGAGGUGAGGAGCGGCAAUGGGAAUAAGGUGGACGGGAAGGUGACGGUUUAUCCAGGAAGGGAGGGGGAAGGGAGUAUGGCUUUGGAGGUUUGCUUGCCGGCGGCGGUGCUCAAUGUUUUGGUUGAGGACCAGGAGUUUAUGGAGGCUGUGGGGUUGGUGGCUGAUUAA